GCCGGGCCGGGGCUGCGAGGCAAGCGGCGCGGCGGGGAUCCGGCUGCACAGCCCGGGACGGCGAGGCUCGGCACGGCGAUGGCGGCGCGCUCGGCUCAGAUGUCUGGCCUGACUGCACAGGCAGGGAGCCUGGUCACCAGGGUCUAGAAGAGAAGAGUGGCAUGGCUGUCAACUUGGCUGGGGCAUGUGGGGACAAGAGACAGAGCUGUGAACCAGCCCCAGGCGCGGCUGACGAGCCUGCCCACCAUGGCGAGCCCCACUCUGAGCCCCGACUCCUCGUCCCAGGAGGCCCUGUCGGCCCCCACCUGCUCCCCCACCUCUGACUCUGAGAAUCUCAGCCCGGAUGAGCUGGAGCUGCUGGCCAAACUUGAAGAGCAGAACCGGCUCCUGGAGGCCGACUCCAAGUCCAUGCGCUCCAUGAACGGCUCACGGCGGAACAGCGGCUCCUCGCUGGUGUCCAGUUCCUCGGCCUCCUCCAACCUGAGCCACCUGGAAGAGGACACGUGGAUCCUGUGGGGCCGGAUCGCCAACGAGUGGGAGGAGUGGCGGCGCAGGAAGGAGAAGCUACUCAAGGAGCUGAUCCGUAAGGGCAUCCCGCACCACUUCCGGGCCAUCGUGUGGCAGCUUCUGUGCAGUGCCACGGACAUGCCCGUCAAGAACCAGUACUCCGAACUGCUCAAGAUGUCUUCGCCGUGCGAGAAGCUGAUCCGCAGGGACAUCGCCCGCACCUACCCUGAGCACGAGUUCUUCAAAGGCCAGGACAGCCUGGGCCAAGAGGUCCUCUUCAACGUCAUGAAGGCGUACUCGCUGGUGGACCGGGAGGUGGGUUACUGUCAGGGCAGCGCCUUCAUCGUGGGCCUUCUCCUCAUGCAGAUGCCCGAGGAGGAGGCCUUCUGCGUGUUCGUGCGGCUGAUGCAGGAGUACCGCCUGCGGGAGCUCUUCAAGCCCAGCAUGGCCGAGCUGGGGCUCUGCAUCUACCAGUUUGAGUACAUGCUGCAGGAGCAGCUCCCGGACCUCAACACCCACUUCCGCUCCCAAAGCUUCCACACAUCCAUGUACGCCUCGUCCUGGUUCCUCACACUCUUCCUGACCACCUUCCCCCUGCCCGUCGCCACCCGGGUCUUCGACAUCUUCAUGUACGAGGGCCUGGAGAUUGUGUUCCGGGUGGGCCUUGCCCUGCUGCAGGUGAACCAGAUGGAGCUGAUGCAGCUGGACAUGGAGGGCAUGUCCCAGUACUUCCAGAGGGUCAUCCCCCACCAGUUCGACAGCUGCCCAGACAAGCUGGUCCUCAAGGCCUACCAGGUCAAGUACAACCCCAAGAAGAUGAAGAGGCUGGAGAAAGAGUACGCAGCCAUGAAGAGCAAGGAAAUGGAGGAGCAGAUCGAGAUCAAAAGGCUUCGGACCGAGAACCGGCUCCUGAAACAGCGGAUUGAGACCCUGGAGAAGACCUCCACCCUCACCAGCAGAGCCCAGCAUGAACGGGCAGAGAAGGCCUCUACUGUGCCCUUGGCCCUGGAGAAGGACUUGUUUCUCUUCACUUGGGACAGAGGCCGGGGGCAGGUGACACGGGCACAGGAGGCGGAGGAGAACUACGUUAUCAAGCGGGAGCUGGCGGUGGUCCGGCAGCAGUGCAGCUCGGCAGCGGAGGACCUGCAGAAGGCGCAGAGCACCAUCCGGCAGCUGCAGGAGCGGCAGGAGAACCCGCGUCUCACUGAGGACUUCGUGGCCCACCUGGAGACAGAGCUGGAGCAGUCGAGGCUCCGGGAGACAGAGACGCUGGGGGCCCUGCGAGAGAUGCAGGACAAGGUUCUAGACAUGGAGAAGAGGAACAGCUCCCUGCCCGACGAGAACAAUGUAGCACGGCUGCAAGAGGAGCUGAAGGCCCUCAAGGUGCGGGAGGGCGAGGCGGUGGCCUCAGCGCGAGAGCUGAAGCUGCAGCUGCAGGAGCUCUCAGACACCUGGCAGGCCCAUCUGUCCCGCGGCGGCCGCUGGAAAGAGUCCCCCCGGAAGCUGGUCCUGGGCGAGCUUCAGGACGAGCUGAUGAGCGUGCGUCUGCGCGAGGCCCAGGCCUUGGCCGACGGCCGCGAGCUGCGGCAGCGCGUGGUGGAACUCGAGACGCAGGACCACAUCCACCGCAACCUGCUGAACCGCGUGGAGGCAGAGCGCGCGACGCUGCAGGAGAAGCUGCAGUACCUGGCGGCGCAGAACAAGGGGCUGCAGACACAGCUCAGCGAAAGCCGCCGCAAGCAGGCGGAGGCAGAGUGCAAGAGCAAGGAGGAAGUGAUGGCUGUGCGUCUGCGGGAGGCGGACAGCAUGGCCGCGGUGGCCGAGAUGCGGCAGCGCAUCGCCGAGCUGGAGAUCCAGAGGGAGGAGGGCCGCAUCCAGGGCCAGCUGAACCACUCAGACUCGUCGCAGUACAUCCGCGAGCUCAAAGACCAGAUCGAGGAGCUGAAGGCCGAGGUGCGGCUACUGAAGGGCCCGCCGCCCUUUGAGGACCCACUGGCUUUCGACGGGCUUGGCCUGGCGCGGCACCUGGAUGAGGACUCGCUGCCGUCGUCGGACGAGGAGCUGCUCGGCGUAGGUGUGGGCGCCGCCCUGCAGGACGCGCUGUACCCUCUGUCCCCGCGCGACGCGCGCUUCUUCCGCCGUCUCGAGCGGCCAGCCAAGGACAGCGAGGGUAGCUCAGACAGCGACGCCGACGAGCUGGCCGCGCCUUACAGCCAGGGCCUGGACAACUGAGGCCGUGCCCCGCGCGCCCGGAGGCAGAAGGCCGCAGCCAGCCGGGGGGCGCCCGGGAAGUCAGCGGCUGCGCCCUUUGUGUGUGGCUUGCCCACCCCUAGGGCGAGGCUUGGCUUGGGGCUCCUCAGGACCCCUGGGCAGGCUCUCCCUCCCCGCAGUGUUGACCCAUCUUGGGGGUUCCUGAAGGGGCUGCCCUCUUAACAGCGAGGGCAGAGGGCAGGGGUCGGACGACUCAGUAGCCCCAGGACUGAACAAGCAGGAAGUUUCCCCUCCCAGCAGGCUCCCUUUGGGACAAGGGUGGCCCCGCUGGAAAGGGCCUAGGAGGUAGGGGAGGCCUGAGGACGGAGAGCCAGCUCUGGGCUGGACAUUAAGCACCCCACGAUGCUCCUUGGGGCACAGAGACCCUUGACCAGCCCCUGGCCGCCUCCAGGGGAGUGUGGCUGCUGGGGACAGAGAGCCAGGCUGGGCUUCUCUGCCUGGUGCAGGCAUCAUGGCCCCUGCAGCAGAAACCAAAGUCCCCCGUACUGUGUGCAGGGCCACUUGGGGUGUGAGUGGCCAGCGGGAAGUAGCCCAGGCCCGAGGAGUCUCCUGCUUCUCUGAGGCCAGAGCAGCUGCGAGGAAGUGAAGAGACCCCUCUCCCUGGCGCACCACAUCCUCCUCUGGGAGACACUCUCAUCACCCGUCUUGGCCAGUGAUGGACAAGCACCUCUCCACGGGGGUCCUCAGCCUCCAUCCACUUCCCCUCUCCGGCCACCACCUCCCCACCUCAGGCCAGGGCCAGGCCCCAGGGAAGGAGCUUCCCAGUGGAGUUUCCCCCCCUCCCCUCCUCCUGGUGGCCCCGUGGUCUCUGCUGAGUCAGAGCUCAGAAUGGUGCCAAAGUCCAACGCUGCCCCCCAGACCCCUCCUCUCCGCCCACCCUGGGCCUUGUGAUCCCCGGGGCUGGCCCUCUCGGUGCUCCUGGAGCCUCGAGUAAAGUAGCGUCACAAGCAAUCUCCCUGGCACUUCCUGGGGUGGGGACUCCUGCUCAGUCCCCCCUUUCUGGUCGCCCACUCUUCAGUGUUACACAGCCUGGGGACCAGGGCAGGCACCCAUGGGGCUCUUCCAUGGGCUCCCCACACUGCCCCCCACCAUUUUGCACACUGCCUGUUCACACUCCACAUGUCGCCCAGGCGGGAAAGAUGGAAAAUAAAGUGUAUUUACACAGUCUCGGA